GCGCGCGCAUCCGCUGCACCGGCGUCAAUCCGCUUACGGGGUUUCUCCCGCUGUGGCUCGGGAUAACACACACCACUCGUCGGCGAUUUGUUUCGGUCUGAGCUAAACUUCACCGCUUCUGGAUAAAAACACUGAAGGAAGAAGUAAACCAAGCCGUGUCGAACAUGAACGCGUGAUUAUCGCCCUCGUCUCGUUGCUGUCCUGCCCGUGUCGCGGUGUGUAUCGGCGCUGAGAGCACUGUCCGCGGGCAUGGCCUCGGUCACCUCGAUAGAGGCCGUGAAGAGGAAGAUCCAGGGCCUCCAGCAGCAGGCGGAUGAUGCCGAGGACAGGGCAGAAACACUGCAGAGAGAGCUGGACCUGGAGCGGCAGGGCAGGGAGAGAGCGGAGGCGGAGGUGGCGUCCCUGAACAGACGUAUCCAGCUGGUGGAGGAGGAGUUAGACCGAGCCCAGGAGAGACUCGCCACUGCGCUGCAGAAGCUGGAGGAGGCGGAGAAAGCUGCCGAUGAGAGCGAGAGAGGAAUGAAGGUGAUAGAGAACAGAGCAACGAAAGAUGAGGAGAAGAUGGAGAUCCAGGAGAUGCAGCUGAAGGAGGCCAAACACAUCGCUGAGGAGGCGGACCGCAAAUAUGAGGAGGUGGCGCGUAAACUGGUGAUUCUUGAGGGUGAGCUCGAGCGCUCUGAGGAACGAGCUGAAGUGGCUGAGGCCAAAUCUGGUGACCUUGAGGAAGAAUUGAAAAAUGUCACCAACAAUUUGAAGUCCCUGGAGGCCCAGGCUGAGAAGUACUCCACAAAGGAAGACAAAUAUGAAGAGGAAAUCAGAGUACUCACUGACAAACUCAAAGAGGCUGAAACGCGUGCCGAGUUUGCUGAGAGGUCUGUGGCGAAGCUUGAGAAGACCAUUGAUGAUUUAGAAGAGAAACUAUCCCAGGCCAAAGAGGAGAACCUGAACAUGCACCAAGUGCUUGACCAGACUCUUCUAGAGCUCAACAAUCUGUAAAGGUGAAGUCCUGAUGAAGCGACGGGCCUGGCGCAGAUCUGUCAAUGUCUUAUAGUCACACACUUGCUUUUUGCUUUACAAACAAUGUCUCGUACCAGUAGCAAAGCCAGCAGUAGCCUACUUUAAACAGAUCAUUUACUUGGAUUUUUAAUAUUUGUAAUAGAUUCAUUGCGACUGUCUAAUUUGGUUUGAUUUAUUCUAAGCAUCAUGUUUACUACAAAUGUUGUUUCCUCCAAAGUCAACUUUUUUGACCUCAACUGAUAAAUGCUGUAAUUCACCACUUUGGACUUUGGACCAUACCAACUAUUUAAAAAAUCGUUUUUGCACUUUUGAGGUUACGACUUUUUAAGCUUUUUCAUCGAUUUGUACCAAAAAUGCGUAACGAAUGUGUCUCAAAUCACCUGUAAAAUGAAGGAAUGCUCAUGCAGUGCUGCAAACUUGUGGCCUUUUUGUGAAAUUUGCUGUUUCGAACGCCGCAGAAAAUGUUUUUUUGAUGUGAUUUGUAUGGAUCUCAUGAGGGGGAGGGUCCAAAAAUUCAAUUGUGCUGAUGUACCCUUGCUUGUACAGGCCUAAAUUAAUUUAAAAGCAUUAGGUGACAAUAAAGCAUUAAUCAUAAUGAUAUCAAAUUGGGCCUGUAUGACAUGGCUUAUGUUUUUGACUAUAAUAACUACUGCAAAUGUUUGCAGACUGUCUUUUGUGGAUUUGACUGAUCUGACCAAAUCUGCGAAGAGUCCUGUAACAGCACAUUGAAUAACACACACUAAUCGUGGUGAUGGUCAUAUAAUACUAAUGAUGGGUCACUUUAUGUGAUGGAAUGCAAUGGAUUUGAUUAAUUGUGGGACAUUAUUUUUUACAUAGUUUAAAAGAGUCUCAUUGUUUAAAACUCAAAAUCACUAUAUAGUAAAUACUACAAUCGAUGGAAAUAUUUGGUAUGUAAAAGGGAUAUAGUUUAAGAAUAAACUUCUGGGUCAUUCAAUGAAAAUGUAACCGAUUAUUCUUACACGCCUUUUUAAAUAAUUCCUUCAGUUUUAAGAAGCCGCACCCAUUGAUGUAUCCUAUGCAAUUGUUUGAGCUGUUUGAUUAAAAUGAUUAAAGUAAUGAACAUAGAA